CAGAGAAUAUAUUUCUGUCCUACAUAUAAUAUAUUUGUGUCCCAUAUUUCAUAGUGUAUUCUAGAUUUUUUUUUUUUUUACUUGACUGUUGCAAACAUAUAUUAUGAUCUACUACGGUGUCAGACUUUUUCAAAGCAGGACGUCCAAAUAUCCUUGAAAACGUGUCGUGACUCUUAAAGAUAAGAGUGAGGGGAAUUUUACCUGUGAGUUGAAUUUUCUGUGCGUGUCUCUUUAAGAGCCUGCGGGGACGGAGGGGAAAAAUCAACAAGCCUAAUGUGAAUGUGAAUGAAACCCAGUCAUUCAUAAAAAUAGGACAAACGCGAACUGUGAUUGGUCAAAGCACACCUCGUGCAUAAUUCAUUAGUUUCCACCAACUAUUGGUUGUUGACUUGACUGACAGGUCAACUUAGCCAAUGGUGAACAAAAACUCUUGUCCGUGGAAGCCAAGCGGAAAGCAGACCAGUCCAUUUACAAAAUCCCAUUCAAGUUUUGUAUCAGGAGCAGAGCGCAUCUAGUGAUUGAGCGGCACGGACGCCAGGUUUUCUCGCGGAUUUACAGUCUUUAGCGGUUUUUAAGGACAUCCACCGUGAGCACGGCAUUUUCUAUACGAGAAAAGAGAGCCCAGAAAGAACUCCAGAAAGCUAUCGCUUUUGCGCGAAGACCCGCUGCUGGGAUUUGUAAAGCGCAAGAUAUCAUGGACAGAUUUUACGACCAGCAAGUACCAUUUAUGGUCCCAUCAAAUCAGAAAUCGUCCCAAGUGGAGGAACCAUACAACAGAACCAUCAUUGAGAGGAAAAGAAAGUUUGUAGACACCGAACUUGCUCAGGACACAGAAGAACUCUUCCAGGACCUCAGUCAGCUGCAGGAAAUCUGGAUUGCAGAGGCCCAGGUGCCCGAUGAUGAACAGUUUGUCCCAGACUUUCAGCCGGACAGCUUGACGUUUCAUGGCCCUCCUCCAACCAAGAUUAAACGGGAGCUGAGUCCUUCGAAAGAGCUUUCCCCCUGUAGUGAGGACAGGAGUCCCAUGUUGUAUGGAGAGAAGUGCCUUUAUAACUACAGUGCCUAUGAAAGGAAAACCUCUGUUGGGUUCAAGCCAUUGACUCCUCCUUCAACGCCUGUGUCACCAUGCAGUUCCACCAACACGCACCCCAUGCAUGAACAGACACCUCCUCCUCUUGUCCAUAAUUCUACAUUAAGGCAACGUUCCCUACACGGACAGCCUGCCGUGACCACCUCGGCCCUCAGUCAGAGGCCCCUCCCACUACACAGCCAGACUCCACCUUUUGCAGUGCCAUGCCCACCUCAAAACCACAAUGCCCCCUUUAACAACGAGCACAGGUUUCAGCGCCAGAUGUCGGAACCCUGUUUGCCAUUCCCGCCUUCUGAGACCCAGGGAAAACCAAACUACAUUCCCCAAGCAUCAAGCACGUCACCCAGAGAUGGCCGGCCACCGUAUCAUCGGCAAAUGUCCGAGCCGGUGGUUCCUGUUCAUCCUCAGGGUUUUAAACAGGAGCUGCUGGACCCUCGCUACACUGAGCAGGGUGUCCCCAACAUGGGCCCACCCCAGGCUGCCUUCCACCCAAUGGCCAUCAAGCAAGAGCCACGAGACUUUGGCUUCGACUCUGAAGUGCCUAACUGCCGGUCUUCAUUUGGGAGAGGAGCAAGCUUCUACCAAAGCCAAGAAAGUUUUUCAUUUGACAUAGAUCAGCACUUGUAUUAUGACGAUACAUGCGUAGUUCCUGAACGACUUGAAGGGAAAGUAAAGCAGGAACCUUCUGUAUUUCGUGAUGGCCUACCUUACCAACGUCGUGGAUCUCUCCAGCUCUGGCAGUUUCUGGUGACACUUCUUGAUGACCCUGCCAACGGUCACUUCAUUGCUUGGACAGGACGUGGCAUGGAGUUUAAACUCAUUGAGCCAGAAGAGGUGGCUCGACGUUGGGGCAUUCAGAAGAACCGACCAGCCAUGAAUUAUGACAAGCUGAGUCGCUCUCUGCGCUACUACUAUGAGAAGGGCAUCAUGCAGAAGGUUGCUGGUGAGAGGUACGUCUACAAGUUUGUGUGUGACCCUGAGGCCCUCUUCUCUAUGGCCUUUCCAGACAACCAGAGGCCGAACAUUAAGGCUGAUCCUGAUGGCCUGCCUGUAGUGGACGAUGAAACACUACCCAUCACUCACUAUGAUGAAGGAGGCACUUACCUGGUAGAUGGAGGAGAGCAGUGCGUCACUGGGAUGCCUUUCCCUGAUGGCUAUGUGUACUGAUUCUCAUCCCCAAUCCAAAACCUGAACUGUUGAGCAGACUGGAGCAUGUCUGUCCCUGCUGCCUCUACUUCUGCCCUGUUGUCCAUUUACAGAUUAGCCCUCCCCCAAAAGUUGCAUUAAAUUAAUGGAGAGAUCUGCAUCAAAUCUCUGGCACUGGCCCAUGAGAAAGUGUUUGGGAAGUGAGGAAUAUCUGGACUUCUGCAGCUUGACCUGCUUUGUGGUAGAUGGUUGCUUGAUGCUGCAGAAAAUGUGAGGUCCGUGUGCUGAAGGACUUGGGUCUCUGCGCAGACUGAAAGAAUUGUAGCAAUUCUGUUUUGACAAUCUGUUUUGUUUUUUUAAUGAUGAAAUAUUAAGAGGUGCCCUAUAAACAACAACAACAAAAAAAAUCAAAAUGUAUCAAAACACAGCACUAUUUUAAUAGCUGCCUACAUGGGUACUAAUAGAUUUGUUACCUCGAAAUCAUGUAGAAGUGAAAAGGGCUUUAUUUUGCAGAGGAAAUAGACCCAGUCAUUUCUUUCAUUUUGGUUAGACUUGUUUAGAAAUCUGGCUUUUAUACAGUACUUUGGUUUAACUAAAUGCAGGACUGCUUCAAACAUGGAAUUUUUACACAAUAUGCUGUUUUGUUUGUGUUUUUUUUUUUUUUUUUUUUUUUAAUAUUGUUGGCUUGUUUUUAGUCAUUGUAAGUGUUGUGGGUUGUUUUUGUAUCAUUAGCUUUCUUUCUCCCACUGGAUUAUUCAAAUGUUAUUGCUCUAUACUGAAGCUGAACCAGAUAUACACUUAGACAUUCAGUCAGAUUACUGUGACUGUUAACCCAUUGUUAAACACAUUUCAUAUGCAUAGUCACUUCCUUGAAAAUUGGUACAUUUGUGUAAAACAAGAAUACAAUAUUCAAAAAGGGAUGCACUAGACAAACUUUCUUCAAGAGAGUUACCGCCUCUGACUACUUAAAUGUAUUUUAAGGGGCAAUGUUUUUAUCCUGUUUUGUAUUAUCUUUGGCUUACUUUUCUUUGGCACUGUACAAGUGUGAAAAAGCACCAAGAUGGCAAGCUAGCCAGGACUUUGCAUGCAAUAAGGUGAAAAGAAUGCCUUCUUUUGGACUCCUUUUCACUGCCAAUAUGAAGUUGAUGAAAGACCACUGCUUCCUUUUUGCAUGGUAUUCAACUGACAAUUGUCCACUAAUAUAUCGCUUUAUGCUGGACAAAGAUGAAAUUAAUUUCUCUGCAUUAUUUUCUUUUCUUUUUUUUUGUUGAAAAAGAUGAUCUUAUAUAAAUAUAUAUUUUUGCAAAGUCUGCAGUGGUUUGAUUUCAUUGUAUCAGCUGUAUAGUACUGCCUAAAACAUUUUAAAUGCGGGAUGCCUGUGGUGCUUUCACUGCAGAUCAGGGCUUAAUGGACUCCCUUUUUUGUUGGAUUACAGCAACGUUUUCCAUAACGGUCCUCAGACACACACACACACACAGAGACAAGCCACGUUACUGCUUACUCUAGGUUCUCAACACACCUGAACCAUGUAUUCAGUGUUCUUAAUGACUUUGGUACACAUGAGGACCGUGUGGGAAAUGCUCAGUUAGAGGGAAGUAUGUAUUAGGUUUUCUCACUGAAUGAGAGGUUUAGUAACCUCAAGCCCUAUCACAGGAAGGGGGAGUCUGCAUGUGUAUAGGCUUUGCUGCCUUCCUUCAUAUUGUGUACCUUUUUAGUUUAUAAUCUGUUCUGGGUACAAUAAACAGUUCUUUCUGCUUCACAUCCACUGGAAUUUUUCA